AUACGUUUAAGACACGUCCCUUGGUUUGUCGUCUCCCUCCCCUUUUCUGUUUCUGCCUACCUCCUUCCAUUUCGAAGUUUGAAGAAAUAACUUCUGGGUUUUAAUUUUCGAGCAUUUGUUUUAGCUUUCAAGAGUUUACAUUAUGAACACCGCUCUUAAGCUGGGGUCUCUACCCGUAAUGGGAAUCAAUAUGACCAAGAACUAUGGAAGUUUGAAGGCUAGUAAAGUUAAAGUUUUUGCUGUUGAUGGAGCUGGUGAUGCUGAGUUUCCUUCAUUUCUUCCAAAAGAGGUAGAGAAAAUCAAAGACCCAUUUGCUAGAUCUUUGUCUAAAAGAAUGAAGAGGUUACCUGUGCAGAUUGGAAUGUCAGAAAGUUGUAUCAUGAGCAGUUGUGUUAAACCACUGAGACAAAGUAACAAAACCAGUCCAGUGGUUCUUCUUCAUUGCUUUGACAGUUCUUGUUUAGAAUGGAGAUGCACGUAUCCCUUACUUGAGGAGGCUGGUUUGGAAGCUUGGGCUGUUGAUGUUCUUGGGUGGGGCUUUUCUGAUUUAGAAACUCGGCCACCAUGUGACGUAGCAUCCAAGCGUCAUCACCUUUAUCAGCUUUGGAAGUCUUACAUCAAAAGGCCAAUGAUAUUAGUUGGACCAAGUCUUGGCGCAUCUGUUGCAAUUGAUUUUACAGUGCAUUAUCCAGAAGCUGUUGAAAAGCUGGUUUUGAUCAACCCAAGUGUGUAUGCUGAAGGCACGGGAAAUCUUGCGAAGUUACCAGAAUUGGUAGCCUAUGCUGGGGUUUCUUUCUUAAAGAGUCUCCCAUUACGCUUUUAUGCAAAUAUGGUGGCCUUCAAUGGCAUUCCAUUCUUUACAAUCUUGGACUGGACUUGUGUUGGCCGGUUACAUUGUUUGCUACCAUGGUGGAAAGAUGCAACUGUCAGUUUUAUGUUGAGUGGGGGCUACAAUGUUAUUUCCCAGAUAAAACAGGUAAAGCACAAAACCCUUAUCAUAUGUGGCCAGCACGAUCAGAUUGUGAGCUACCAGCAUGUAGUGAAAUUGCACUCUGAACUAUCCAAUGCAAUUAUUCGAGAAGUAUCUGAUUCUGGCCAUCUUCCUCACGUGGAUAAUCCCAAAUGUGUUGCCAAAUUGAUUGCUGAUUUUGCUCAAGGUGACGCUGAUGUUAAUGCCAAGAGCCAAUUCUGUUUGGCUCAGUUAACGGCUUUACCUAGACAGUAAGGCUCAUGGCAGGGGCAUGUAAUGAAAUGAUUACCCUCAGAUCUUGUUUUAUGCAUAAAAAUUACCUAGGCUGGGGUCUUCUACACGAUGCCAACAGCCUCUGAGUGCAAGUAUUUAAUAGUGAAUAUGUUUCUACAGGCAUAUCCAUUUUUCUAUGACUGCUAAGUUGUCUUCAUCGCCUUUUGGAAAGCUACAUGGCAGGGUUUAGCAUGCCCUUGAAGGAAUUCAGUGGAUUCUGGGAAAUGGGAGUCGUCAAAUUUUGGUAUGAUCAAUAUAGGUGGAUGGAGUUGCAGGAUUCCUCCUCUUUUAGAAGUUGAUCAAAAGGAUUGGAGCAUGUUAGAUUGUUUUCUCCCUGAGGAAAUAUGUCUAGGAUUGCUACGAUGCUAUUUCAACUCUGGCGAUGCUGGUAUGGAUCAUGUUAAAUGGGACUUCACGUCGAACGACUAAUUUGCUACGCAAUCUGCCCGUGAACUUGGCCUGGUAAAAGGAAGAUAUGGUCUUCGGUGUGGAGUUGGGAAGGUCCUCAAAGAGUGAAGACCAGUCGGUUUUCAUUGAAACUUGACCGACUCCCUCUGCUACAUGAACUGUCCUCGUAUGGGGGGAAGUAUUUUGCAUGUUUUGCUAGAUUGCUGGUAGGCUAAUGGAUUCCAUGACCAUCUGACUGUCAAAGCUGAGAAUCACUUUAAAAUGCCAGGAAGCUGUUUAGUCAUCGAACAAUCGCGGAGUAUCACGAGUCAUAGAAGGGAAUUCCUAACAAGGAGAGAUGGAAAGAGAGGUUCCCUUGCAACAUAGUAUGGGUUUUAGUGAAAUUGCAUCAACAAUUUCCACCAUUUUCUCUGCAAUGAAGGCUGACUACGCGGCUGUAGGCAUCGAAAACUGGUAAAACAGGGGCUCUAGCGAUGGAUCGGACAAGACAAUGAGCUCUCAAUUUAUCCAUUUGGAUAACUAAUUAUUAAAAUCAGCCAAAUGAAAAACAUAAAAUGGACAAUCUUCUAUCAAUGCCUAUCCCCAUUGUCCUAAAUAAAAUAAUUUUACAAAAUCACAACCCAACAAGAAAUCCAAAUAAACUACUUCUAAAGUACCAUCCCAAUUGCUAAAAGAUACAGGUACACAAAUGUGUAACACAGUCCAACGUGGACUGACAUGUCAAAGAAAAAUGUGGUGGCAACGGUUUUAAGUGCGAGAGUGUAAUACCCAUAUUCUUAUCCCAUGGAAUUCAAAGUUGAGUCCAAACUUAGAUAUUUAAAG